UAGAUGCAACCAACUGAAAAUAGCGCGAAUAAAGAGAAUAUUUGGUCCUCUAUAUUGGACAGCGUGUCUAAUAGUCAGUCUAGGCUUCCGUCAAAGACUGUUUUGUUAUUAGGAGAACAAUCUUCCGGUAAAUCAACAUUUAUAUCACAUUUAACAGGUAAUUCACUUGAACAUCACCACAAAGAUCUCGGUUUGAGCGUUGAUUACGCAGACGUACGUGACGCAGCUGACGACGAAGUUAUGGCUAGAAUAUCAAUCUAUACGAUACCCAACUCUAACAAGACUUAUACCGAUUUGAUAAAUCUAGUUAUAACUCCCCAAUCUAUCAGUGAUUUACUAGUUGUUAUACAACUCGAUUGGGAGAAACCUUGGAAUUUUAUAGACGAUUUGAGCAGGUGGAUAUCCUGGAUUGACCAACAUAUCGCUCAACUGAAGAAAAAUAACAAUUCACAUCACUUCGAACUCCAAUUGCAGGAACUUCAGUCGAAAUUAAGACGAUACCUCGAAAAUUACACUAAACCGUCUUCAAUUACAGACACAAAUUCAGCUGUGGCUAAGCUAGCUAUGAAUGUGGAAGAUCCUCCACCUCUAGACAACAAUACACUAACACACAACCAAUCCGGUAUACCACUCUUUAUCGUUUGUCACAAGUCAGACGUAAUAGAGAAAGCGCAGAACAUCGAUAAGGAUGGAUGGUCAACUGAUGACAAUAUUGAAUGGAUCCAGCAAGUUUUGAGAGGUAUAGCUUUGAAAUAUGGAGCAGGUAUUGCCUACACUUCCGUCAACAAACCAGAUACACUUACUAAAGCGCGUGAAUAUAUCCACCACCGUCUCUUCCAGCCAGAGACCAACUCACAUGCUCCACGUUCCUUCCCAUUUAACCAUCGUGCUAUCGUUGUGGAAAAAGAUGCAGUUCUUAUUCCUGCUGGAUGGGACAGCUGGGGAAAAAUCACGGCUCUCAGGGACGGAAUAAGUGCGACCGACGACAUCAUUUCAGACGGUUGGGACAAUCAGCUAUCAAAUGAUGAAGGCAGCCAGCCGAAAGCAUCUAAACUCUAUCAGGAUGUUAUACACGACCCUACUAAGAACCAUCACAGCACGCAACCAACUGAAUUGAAGCAGGCUGUUGCUGAACAUGAAACAAACUUCCUCGCGAAGCAUUUCGAUUCACUCAGCAAAGAUCCACAGAGAGAUCCGCGUAAUACAUUCAAACAAACUCCUAAACUUGACACAGGAUUCAGUUCAGGUAUAGUAGGACCGAUGGAUAGUAACAGUCUGAACCUCCCAUCAGUGGAGAGGGCAAUGAGAACAGAUGCGAACACUCAACUCGAUGAUGAUGUUACAACCACGCCCUACAAACCUAAACUUGGUCAUAAUCAUUCACUCAGUCAUAGCCAACCGUUCACACCAAGCUCUAGUACGAACGCACCACAGUCACACUCAAACCAGGGCACACCUUCUACUAUCGCACCAAGCCAGCACGAGGUAUUGCAGAACUUCUUCCAAAGUCUGCUCAGCGCUAAGAAAACGGAUGGUUAGAUAAACAAUGAUUGUAACCUUAUUUAUAAUGUAUUGAUAAUUUAAUGAAUAACAGAUAGUUGAUUAAUUAUCUACACGCC